CUGCAAGUUCUCCAUGCCGCGACUUGGGUUCUUUCUGAACGCUGCUACACGCGUUCAAUUGCGCUCACGCACCCUUUCCCAACACAAUUCCAUUCUUUCAAGGUGCUGUUCCUGCUCUGCACCCCAGCAAAUCCAACAUACCAAGAAGCAUACCGACGAGAAAGCAAGCCCGCAGCUUCUCAAUACCACCACAUCGGACCCGUCCACUCCCCCAACCGAUCAUCGCACGCUCGCGCAAGCUCACAGUCUCUUCACCACAUCCCCCUUUUCGCCCGGCUCGCCGCUCCUACUUCCCAAUGGCGCAUACGUUUUCCAGAAGCUACAGGCUUUCCUCCGCGCCCAAUACCCACAGUUUGGUUACCAAGAGGUGAUCACGCCCACCAUAUACAAAAAGUCGCUAUGGCAGAAAUCGGGGCACUGGGAUAAUUAUGCAGAGGACAUGUUCAGUGUACAGGGGCGGGGCGCAUCGGGGAAAACAGAAGGUGCAGAAGUCGGCCAGGACGAGGAAUUCGGCUUGAAGCCGAUGAACUGCCCCGGACACUGUCUCUUGUUCGCAGAGAAGGUAGCCAGCUAUCGUGACCUUCCUGUUCGGUAUGCUGAUUUCAGUGCACUGCAUCGAAACGAGAUAUCGGGUGCUCUCACCGGACUGACAAGGGUCCGACGUUUCCACCAAGACGACGCACACAUCUUUUGCCGACCAGAUCAGAUAUUGGCGGAAAUAAAGUCUACACUGCAAUUUGUUGGAAUGGUUUACGACACUUUUGGCCUGGGUCCGUACAAACUUCUUCUCUCGACACGACCCCAGGACCAUUUCAUAGGCACAGUGGACGAAUGGGACCGAGCCGAGAGCCAGCUGACAGAUGCACUCAACAGCAGUGGCCGAGAGUGGGCUAUUAAUGAGGGGGAUGGUGCUUUCUACGGCCCAAAAAUCGACAUCAUUUUAAAAGAUUCCAACGGAAAAGAGCAUCAGACUGCUACCAUCCAGCUCGAUUUUCAACUCCCGCAGCGCUUCGACCUACGAUACUCAGCCUCUCCACAGGAACUGGAGGCGUCACCCGAAACUAAUACUGACAACUCGUUGGAAUCCACUCAUCGACGACCAGUCAUCGUGCACCGCGCCAUAUACGGCUCGCUCGAGCGUUUCAUGGCACUCCUCAUCGAGCAUUACGCAGGGAAAUAUCCUUUCUGGCUGUCCCCUCGACCGGCUAUUGUCUUAGCCCUCAACUCCGAUCCCAAACUCAUCGAAUACGUAUCGCAAAUCCAAUCCGUACUAUCCGGCCUCGGCCCCUCUUCCCCCUCCAACGAACUCUCCCCAACAAAGCCGCGUCCACAACCCCUUUCUACGACCCACCUUCCCAUCGACAUCGACACCAGCAGCCGCUCUCUUUCUAAGAAGAUUGCUGAAGCUAGAAUGAAAAAGUACAAUCACAUUGUCGUCGUGGGGACGCGGGAGAUGGAAAACCAGAGUUUGCGCUUGCAGUUCGCGAAUCAUCCAAAUGAAGCUGCAGCCGUACACGCGUUAGAGGAGACCCUGGGCAGAGAGCUAGUUGACGGCGAUAGAUCGAAAGGUCAGAUCAAUGUCGGGCUGGAAGUCACGCAGGCGAGGAAGUUUUUCGAGCGCAUGGUGGAUGGGUUUUUGUGA